GACGUUACACGUUAAUUUAAAUUACAAAACAAUUCGGCUUGCUCAUCGUAAACUUAAAUAAUAUUUCUUGGGAGAUAAUACGAUAAAAUUUUGGAAGAUAUAUAUUUAUAAGAGCUCGUAUUUUAUGUGUUAUAAAUCUCAUUAUUUAAAUAGUGCACGUAACUUAUUUCAUAAUCUAAAAUUAGAUAUUGUGAUAGUACAAAUUUGCAAGCAGGAAAUUCCUACAGGAAAUGAAGACAUCUAAGUGGCGAGCCCGUAGAAUUUUUAUGUAGUUUGAAUUUGCGAAAGCAAUGGGUGCCUUUAGAGAACUUUUUAAAUUAUAUGACUUAAUUCAAAGUGAUGAACCAAGGUCGGUGGAAAACUUUUUACUUGAAAAUACUGUGGACUUGAAUGUAAUUUUACCAUGCAAAGGUAUUGGAGUUUUACAUUUAGCUGUAGGAAUAGAGCCAUUGGAUAAAUCAAAAGAAUGUACUGAGAUAUUGCUUAAGAAUGGGGCUGAUCCUAACAUAAUCAAUGACGAUGGAUUGACUCCAGUCCAUAUAGCUGCAAUAUGGGGAAGGGUGGACAAUAUAAAACUUCUCAUUGGAUGUGGUGGAGAUCCAUCACAACAAGACCUGGAUGGCGUCUCUGCCUUUGACUAUGCUGUACGGGAACAGCAGUGGGAUGUAUACGACUAUCUCCAUAAUGUUGUUGAUGAGACUGACGACUCCCUUGGCUCACAGUGUGCUUAUACAUUAGACUUGGAAAGGGUUCUGGUGACGACAGAUCAAGUAGUAGCUCAAUAUGAACCAGUGACCGAAGACCAGAUUAGCAAAAUGACCAUCAGGAAAUCAGAAAUGGUUCGGGACUGGUGCGACACCAACACAUUCACAAUGAACAAACUGUACCCCACCAUACUUGGGGAAACAAACCUUAUCGAAAAUGAAUCCGAACCCUGGCUACUCCAAAUCACAGAUGACAGAGAAUCAAACAUAUCUGACGGCACCUUUAGGACUUGCCUAUCAAAGAAACACACUGAUAUUGAAAUAAGUGGGGUAAAACCAUUAGAAGAAACAAACGAAUGUGACCUUAAUAGGCGUAUGAGUGUAUAUGAAAACUUCUCUUUACCCGGAUCGCCGAAGUUAACCCAUGUUAAUUACAAGUCAAGGACCCGUCUGAAAGGGAACAAUUCAUCUGAACAAAAGAAGAUAAAUGAGUCGGUCCAAAGUGAUGCAAAGGCCAUGGAGAAGGCGUUAGUUGUCAUUCAGAACAAGACAAACGAAUGGUUGUCUUAUGGCGGUGAUAGUAAUGUAAAUGUGUGUAACACGAGGCGCUCGUCGGCCAGUAGCGGGGUUAGCAGUAAUUACUCUGGGAGCAUUGUGUUGGCGAACGUACACGAGGAGUAUAAGUAUGAAGACAAAGAAGAGGAUGUCGUGUUUAUUGAGAAGCGGCUCGGCGUGUCUUCCGUUGUAUUGCCUGUUGAAGAUGAGAGAGAACAAAGCUGUGGAGACCAGACGAUCAUCUCCGUGGCCUCGUCAUUACCGCCGUCCAUGGAGUACGACAACAAUACGCUCAGGAACGAGCUCGUCAAACUAGGCUUCAAGCCGGGGCCGAUACUUGAUAGCAACAAGACAUUGUACCUGAAGAAGUUACACACUCUAAGGAAAAAUCCCAUCAUGGUGAACGCACGAGGGAAAUCGUACAGCGUAGAAUUAGAAAGGUCACUCCGAUGCGACGAUUGGAUGAAAAACCUAUCACCUUACAUAGAACUGGAGACGAAGGCCAGAUCCGAUUUCCUCAAUGCGAACAAGAAAUGGCGCGAAGGCACGACGAAGACCUCGUUCACGUAUCUACUGCUGGAUCCACGACUCACUGACAACCUCCCUGCAAGAGCCAGCAGACAGAACCUGCAUCUCUCGUGGUCCACUUUCGUCAAUUCCAUAUUUUACGUCGGGAAAGGAAAGCGCUCGCGUCCCUACUCCCAUCUCUACCAAGCGCUGACUCUCUGGAAACGCGACUUCAGAACAUCGAAGGACAAGAAAGUCCAGCACAUCCUGGACAUCUGGUCGGACAAGGUGGGCGUCAUUUGCCUCCAUAUAUUCCAGAAUGUGAUCCCCGCUGAAGCGUACACGUACGAAGCGGCCAUGAUUGAUGUGCUGUGUUUGAACAAUCUGAAGAACUUAAAGGCGGGGAACUACUACGGCGUCAGUGCCUCGUGGCCGCUCAGGGAACGACGGAUGCUCGGCCUGUAUCUGUUGUACAAGGCUCUUAACAUAUUCCUCAGUGAAGGCGAGAGACAACUCAGACCCGACGAUAUUGACUGACAAAUAGCAACACUAAUUAGUGAUUUAUUGAUAAUAGUUACCGACAAAAUUUACUUCUGUAAAAGAGACUGUUUUUAUAUUAUUUUUGACUGUCCGUUUGAAUU